CUCCCUUUCUCUUUCUUUAUCAAUUAAUAGUUAGCUUGACAAUAAUAAUAAUAAUUCUCCAAAAAUGGCAGACCGGGAUCGUGCUUCCAAUCCUGCUCAAAGGCCUACAAGAACCGCCACAUCGAAUGCUACACCUAACAAUCAUGUGUCCACAUUUCUACGUAAACUCCAAAGCCAUGCACCAAAUUCAACCCAGUUCAUGGGUAUCUUGACUCUUCUUAUCUCUGGUUCCAUUCUCCUCCUUCUUAUAGGGAUCACUGUCACUGCUCUUGUCAUGGGUCUUGUCUUUUUCACUCCUUUGAUUAUUGUUUCGAGCCCCAUAUGGUUCCCUAUUGGUGUUCUUCUGUUCUUUGCUGCUGCUGGGUUCUUUUCCGUUUGCGGGUUCUUGGUGGCUACUAUUGGUGGAUUGUCUUGGAUGUAUAGGUAUUAUAGAGGUAUGCACCCGCCUGGUUCAGAUCGGUUUGAUUAUGCCCGUAGCCGGAUUUAUGAUACGGCUAGUCAUGUUAAGGACUAUGCUAGAGAGUAUGGUGGGUACUUGCAGAGUAAGGUCAAAGAUGCUGCUCCUGGUGCAUGAUGAUGAUGAUGAUCAGGACGAGGAGGCAGCGGCGGGGGAUGACUGAUCAAUCAAUCGGGUCGGAUUUUGAUAAAACGGGUCUUGUUAUUGUGCUUUUCUUCUAAAAAAGAAGUCUAAUUUUUGUCUGUGAUGGAAUUUUAUUUUAUUUUAUAUUUUCUAGUUAAUUAUGUAUGGUUGUGUUUGGUAAGGAAGUUUUGGAUGCCUUUGGAUA